GGCGCAUCAUAGCGACUCGGGGCCCCGACGUAAGCCUGUUACGCGCCGACGAAGCGAGUCUAAAUAAUUGACCCCUCCGCGGCGGAAUCGCGCAAACAAUUUACAUCCGACCGUGUAAAUAUCCGCGACCUCGGCGUCGCGCUUACUGGAAGGCGGCGAAGGUCCCCCUUCGGGUGACGGGGGUCGUUGCUCCGCGGAACGACGGGAUCGGCUUGAUGUUGGUUUUCGCGUAAAGCACAUCGCGUGCCGAUAAUUACGCCGUUCUUGUUUUCUCUUUUUUUUUGGUGGAAUCUUCUGUGUCAGCGCCGCGCGUCAUUCGAAGGGAUCAUCGCCGAGCGUGGUGCGUUCGAGGAUUGUGGUACUUGUCUUAUCGCGCCGUGGAAAUCCGAAGGAUACACUCGCGCGUAGAAUGUACGCCGCGGGCGGGCUUUGACGGUCGGGUACCAGGAGCUCUCGAUGGACCAGAGCGUGAUCGUGCCGUCGGUGCGCCGCGACGCCGGCGCCGACGCCGACAGCGUGCGGCUGAGCAUGAAGAACGAGUCCGACGCCAGCGGCCUGCACCACCAGCAGGAGCACACGGUGGUCGUGCACCCGAACCCGCCGACGGUGGCCGCGCGAUCGGCGGUGCUGCCGAUGAGCGCGGGCAGUUUGCCCCAGGAGACGAGCCUGGAGCCGCUCAUGUGCAAUUCGACAACUAGCGAGAUUCAGGCGAGGAAACCAGGCGCGCGGCGCCAGGAGAAGCCGCCGUACUCGUACAUCGCGCUGAUCGUGAUGGCGAUCCAGUCGAGUCCGGGCAAGAGGCUGACCCUCUCGGAGAUUUAUUCGUUUCUGCAGCAGCGCUUCCCAUUUUUCCGCGGCACCUACCAGGGCUGGAAGAACUCGGUGCGCCACAAUCUCAGCCUGAACGAGUGCUUCAUCAAGCUGCCCAAGGGCCUGGGCCGGCCCGGCAAAGGUCACUACUGGACCAUCGACCCGUCCACCGAGUACAUGUUCGAAGAGGGUAGUUUUCGGCGGCGGCCGCGCGGCUUUCGGCGCAAGUGUCAGGCGUUGAAGCCGCAGUACCAUCCGCAAUAUUAUUCGGGCGCCGGGCCCGGGGUCGGCGUGCAGGCGCCCGGCCCCUACGAGAAUCUGACCACCGGACCCGGCGGCAUCGAGUACGCGAACGGCUACCAGAACCAGUAUCAGAACUAUCAGGAGUACGCCAUGUACGCGCCGAGCGCGACGGUGUCCGCCGACUGGGCGUACCCGGAGACUCCGGCGACGUACAAGUCCGGGCCGUCGAUAGCCGAGGUCACCUACAAGACCACCGAGGUCACGUACAAGACCGGCAGCGAGCCGACCCCGUCGGUCUACAGGAACGGCGAGCUGGUGACGUUCAAGAGCGAGCCCGGCGCCUUCGGCGCCCGCGGUCAGGAUCAGCUGACGACGUACAGGCCGCCGGCCGACGGAUUCCCGACGGUGAAGGAUCAUCAUCCGCAGCAUCACGCCGAUUACAAGGACGAGGCCAUGAUGGGUUACAAGUGCGCCAACUCCACGCCCACCACCCAAGCGCCCGGACAGGAUUAUUACGUCGGUUACGGCCUCGCGGGGGUCAACAAUGCCGCCGGCCACGUCAACAUCACCAUGCAAUCUAUGCAGGAGCAACCGGGGGGUAACAGCAGCCCUGUGACCAACGUCAGUUCGCCGCACAGCGGAUGUCAGACUCCUGCCGUGGAUCACGGGAUAAAAAUGCAGUGCGCCAAUUCCGGCUCCAAUUCGAACAGUUCCGGCGGCGGCAUCGUUGACCGGAAGCCAUCCUAUUUCGCGCAUCCCGGAGGCUCGGUGGCCUUGAGCUCCCUGGGCUCGCUGGGUUCGUUAAAUCUGACCAACAUUGGCGGGCUGAGCAUAUCCAACAUACCUGGCACAGUUUCCACGAAUAUUCAUCACGCGUCGACACCUCCGCCCACGACGAUGUACUACGAUCAGAUCAAGUACAGCAUGUGAAGGCGUUUUCUUUUUCGAAGAAAUGAGAAAAGUCAAUGAAUUCGUAAAGUUAUUUUUUUCGUAUCGAAAGUUUCGCGUUUCGAAUGUCGAAGCGAGACUGAACAAAUUCCACGUUAAAUUCUCUCAUUACGGUGCAUUCCGAUGUCGUCUCUUUGGAAACGUACGCAGAACUAUAAACUAAAUUUGCCAAUUUUGAGCUGUACAUUGUGACUCCUUCAAUUUGCUUUUAUCAUCUCUUUUCUUCUAAAAGUUGUCACACACAUUUUCCAAUCAACAGAGCAUAAUUUCAAUAGCAAAAACUAACUACCAAGACUAAAACUUAAUACUUCAUUAGCACCGAUUUACUUAGAACUGCUAUUGGAAGACACAGAUUUAUGCGCUCACAGUUUUAGGAGACUUUUGAUCUUGCAGAUUUUUAAAGAUCUUCUAUUACAUUCGAUUUAUAAAUCGAUGAUUAUAUGAGCGAGAGGGGGAUAACUUGCUACUCGAUUUUGUAGACGUGAAUAAGCGAAGAGUGUAAAAAGAAAAAUGUAAAAUAUAGUUAUGGAAAAGAAAAGAUGUUUCACGAUCGAUCGUGGCUCAAACGCGUAUAACGCGACGCGCAUCGAGAGAUACGUCCGCUUUAAAAAAAAAAAAAACGUCGAUGCAUCUCGGUCGUAUCCUAUCUGUAUUUAUGAUCUAUUAAUUGAUGUAAUUAAUUUAAGUCUAGGAUGCAGGAAGUAAGUCUGUAGAAUUAAAUAACGUUUGCUAAGAAAAUUCUUUUUUGAUCCGUUCAUUGAUUUUCCGUCUAUUAUUCAAGCUGAUACGUAGUUAAUGAGGUACUCGUGAAACAAUGGAAUUUUAUUAAACAGUUUUGUUGAAUUCAGAAGAUUAAAAUAUCGUUUCGAGAUGUAAGAUAAUUAUUGUGAAAGAAAACGAACAGUCGCACUUUUUGUAAAACUACACGGAGAGAAUUUGAUCUUGAUCUUAAAAUUUACCCGAAAAAUCAUGAAAUCGUAGGACAAUAUAGCAUUUUGAAGAACUUUAUGAGAGGUUUUUUGAAAUUUUACCAUACAAUUUGCUAGUAAUUAUCCGUAAUUGUCCGACUACAAUAUUUUCAGGAUAAAUUUUAAAAGAAAAUUCUCCCCGUGUACUUCUACUUUUUGUCGCAAAUAAGUGUAUAAAUGUAUAAAGCAAAUUAAGAAUUUUAAUAA